AUUAGUUUCAAAAUCCCUAAUUUUCAAAUUGACUUCAAUAUUUUUCCCCUCAAAACCCGUCAACAACAUCACGCCGCCUCUCUCGUCCCGAUUUCCCGACGGUUUUCCCUCAACCUCCAUGCCCAUUCACCUCUCUUUCACCUUCCCACCGCCCUAGUCUCCCCAGAACCCUAAAGGGGAACGAACUCGCGAACCGAAGCCGUCGCUGCAGCUGAAGUGGCAUCGCUGCUGUCCUUUUCGCUUGUGAGAAUCACUAGCUGGAAUCGACCGCCUUCGAUCAUGGAGUGAUAAAUUUCAGCUGGAUGGACGCUGCCCGUCACCUCCAGAUUGUGCAGCGUGAGUUUGCCCCUGGUUGUUUAUGUGAGUCUUUGGCGGUGGUGGUAUUUACGUGAUUGAGUGCAGGCGUGGAUUCUGAGCCUGUUUGUUAAGUUAGAUGGAGCUAACAAAAAAAGAUGCAGAUAGUGAAAAAGUAAAAGAUUCACAAGAUGGUCCCGUGUUCAUAAACGAAGGGGGGCAACCUUCUUCGGGCAGCGGAGAGCCUCUGGGCAUUACCCCAGCGAAGAAGAGUUUUGAAGGGAAAGAUGCUUUAUCAUAUGCUAACAUUCUCCGCUCUAGGAACAAAUUCGUGGAUGCAUUUUCUGUCUACGAGAGCAUUUUGGAGAAGGAUACUGAAAAUGUUGAAGCUUAUAUUGGUAAAGGGAUUUGCCUACAAAUGCAGAACUUGGGGAGGCCUGCGUAUGAGAGUUUCGCUGAAGCUGUGAGGCUGGAUCCUCAAAAUGCCUGUGCUCUUACACACUGUGGUAUCUUGUAUAAAGACGAGGGUCGACUGGUGGAGGCAGCUGAGAUGUAUCAGAAAGCUCUUAAGGCUGACCCUGCAUACAAGCUUGCAGCGGAAUGCUUGGCCAUUGUUUUAACGGACCUUGGAACCAGCUUAAAGCUUGCUGGUAAUACUCAAGAGGGAAUUCAGAAGUAUUACGAAGCUAUCAAAAUUGACCCACACUAUGCUCCUGCUUAUUAUAACCUCGGUGUCGUCUAUUCCGAAAUGAUGCAAUAUGACACAGCCCUUAAUUGCUACGAGAAAGCUGCAAUAGAGCGACCUAUGUAUGCUGAAGCAUAUUGCAACAUGGGCGUUAUCUACAAAAAUCGUGGGGAUCUGGAGUCAGCAAUUGCCUGUUAUGAAAGGUGUCUGACUGUCUCUCCAAACUUCGAGAUAGCAAAAAAUAACAUGGCCAUUGCAUUAACUGAUUUAGGCACGAAGGUAAAAUUGGAGGGUGACAUCAACCAGGGCAUUGCAUAUUAUAAGAAAGCUCUGUACUAUAACUGGCACUAUGCUGAUGCCAUGUAUAACCUUGGCGUUGCUUAUGGAGAAAUGUUGAAGUUUGAUAUGGCCAUUGUAUUUUAUGAACUGGCCUUCCACUUCAAUCCUCAUUGUGCAGAGGCUUGCAACAAUUUAGGUGUUAUAUAUAAGGACCGAGACAACCUAGAUAAAGCAGUAGAGUGUUACCAGUUGGCAUUGUCAAUCAAGCCAAAUUUUUCCCAAUCAUUGAACAAUCUUGGAGUUGUAUAUACUGUCCAGGGUAAAAUGGAUGCUGCAGCAAGUAUGAUUGAGAAAGCUAUUGUUGCAAAUCCGACUUAUGCAGAAGCUUAUAAUAAUCUAGGGGUCCUUUAUAGAGAUGCUGGCAACAUAUCUCUCGCCGUUGAAGCUUAUGAGCAGUGCCUCAAAAUAGAUCCUGACUCUCGCAAUGCAGGCCAGGUCUUUGGCUGCAACUUGUUUGUGACUUCCUGUAUCAGGAUGAUCUUAAGAAGUUGCAUAAAUCGGUUGCUUGCUAUGAACUAUAUACAUGAUGGGACAGAUGAUAAAUUAUAUGAGGCUCACAGGGAUUGGGGCAGGCGCUUUAUGAAGUUAUUCCCACAAUAUACUUCCUGGGACAACGAAAAUGACCCAGAAAGGCCACUUGUCAUCGGAUACGUGUCUCCUGAUUAUUUUACUCAUUCAGUCUCAUACUUUAUUGAAGCUCCACUUAUCUAUCAUGACUAUACAGCCUAUAAGGUGGUUGUUUAUUCAGCAGUUGUCAAAGCAGAUGCAAAAACAAACAGGUUUAGAGAUAGGGUCCUAAAAAAUGGUGGAGAAUGGAGGGAUAUUUAUGGGAUUGAUGAGAAAAAAGUUGCAAGCAUGGUCAGAGAAGAUAAAAUUGAUAUCCUUGUUGAACUUACUGGUCAUACUGCAAAUAACAAGUUGGGAAUGAUGGCUUGCCGGCCUGCACCUGUUCAGGUGACAUGGAUUGGCUACCCUAAUACAGCUGGUUUACCUACCAUUGAUUACAGGAUAACUGAUGCGCUGGCUGAUCCAUCUGAUACAAAACAAAAGCAUGUUGAAGAGUUAGUCCGAUUACCUGACUCAUUUCUGUGCUACACUCCUUCGCCAGAAGCAGGUCCAGUGUGUCCAACACCUGCACUAUCUAAUGGCUUUGUUACUUUUGGUAGCUUUAACAAUCUGGCAAAGAUAACACCUAAAGUGCUGCAAGUAUGGGCAAGAAUUCUUUGUGCUAUUCCAAAUUCUCGGCUCAUUGUGAAGUGUAAGCCUUUUUGCUGUGAAAGUGUGAGACAACAAUUUCUUUCAGCACUGGAGAAGUUGGGACUGGAAUCCCUGCGCGUUGAUCUUCUGCCUCUAAUUCUUCUCAAUCAUGAUCAUAUGCAAUCAUAUUCUUUGAUGGACAUAAGCUUGGAUACAUUUCCAUAUGCUGGGACAACUACCACAUGUGAGUCUUUGUACAUGGGAGUCCCAUGUGUUGCUAUGAGAGGCUUAGUGCAUGCUCAUAAUGUUGGUGUGAGUCUUCUGCAGACUGUCGGUUUAAAAAACCUGGUUGCUGAGAAUGAAGAUGAAUAUGUUGAGCGGGCUGUGCAGUUGGCCUCUGAUAUUACAGCCCUCUCGAAUUUAAGAAUGAGACUGCGAGAUCUCAUGAUUAAAUCCCCCCUUUGUGAUGGAUCUAAAUUCACCCGGGGACUAGAGUCAGCAUACAGAAAUAUGUGGCAUCGAUACUGCAAGGGUGACGUGCCAUCUCUGAGGCGAAUGGAACUGCAAUCCCAACAGCAGCAUUUGCAACAGGUUGGUCCAGAAGAGCUGGCCAUAAAAUUUUCUGAACCUGCCAAGUCAGAUACCUCUACAGAUGCCCUCCAAGCAACCGUCAAGGUAAAUGGUUUUACAGCAGGACAGUGUUCCUCGAUCAAUACUUCACAUGUAGAGGAAAACGGGUCACUCCCGAAUCAGAACUGUAGUUCAGGAAAAUUGAGUUGAGUCAUAUUAACCAGUGGCAAGUUUCAAAAGGUGAUUGGAGUCCCCUUGUACCAUAAUAUUUAUGGGGCUUUAUACACGGUAGGAUUCGUGGUGGCAGCAUCUGCAGAACGCGAGCUGAUUGUUUUUGAACUUAGUAUAGGAUGCAAAUCUCAACUAUUUGUUUGGUUAAAAGGGUGUAAUUUAGCUCAGAAACUUAAAAUGGUAUGUGAUUGUAUCAACGAAUGUUGUGAAAUUUCCCCCAUAGCUCCUGAUUAUAAAUGGGGGUUUGCAAUAUAUAUAUGUGAUUAUUGUUUCAGCAGGUAAA